AUGGCAGAAACAACAUCUUUGUUAACAUCUACUUUGCAAGAUCGUGAUCCUGUAAUAAUAGUAACCAUUCCGGAAGAUAAAGCUGAUAUUUCACUGAUAAAUAAUAAACCGCUAAAAGCUAUAAUACAUUUGAUCGUGUGGUUUAUUAUUUCAGCCGCUUUCGUCUUUUUAAUAUUACAGGUAUAUUUGCCUCCGUUAGAUGA